AUGGCUCUAACAUCUUCAAGCGGGUUUGCUUCGUUCGCCUUAAUACUUCUCUGCCUAUUCUCUAAAUCACUCUACUGUUAUAAGAACAAGGUUAUUCUAGUUUCCUUUGACGGCUUUCGUCAUGACUAUCUAGACAUCGCCAAAUCAGAAGGCCUCGAUAUCUCGGCAUUGGAGGCCCUUUAUAAGCGCGGAUUUCGCGGUCGAGUUGUGCCAAUUAUGCCCACAAUCACCUUUCCGACGCACUUUUCAACAGCAACUGGGCGUUACGCUGAGAAUCACGGGAUAAUGGCCAAUGUCUUCUACUCUCCUGAGUACAAUGCUUCAUUCUCCUAUAGAAACGCCUUCGACGCUAGCGAUUCUCGGUGGUGGAACUACAACGAUAACGAGCCCAUUUGGAUGACUAAUGAGCGCCACGGGGACCGCAAAAGCUGUGUGUUUUUCUGGCCCGGAAGUGCAUCCUCAUAUGCUAGUAAACUUCCUACAAGAACACAAUCUCCCUACAAUGCCUCCAUUGAUUUCACAACACGUAUAGAUCAAAUCCUAGAGUGGAUGCAGGAAGAUGAUAAAAUAAGCCUGUGCAUGGUUUAUAUGGAGGAGCCAGAUGCCAGCGGACAUCAUUUUGGACCAAAUUCAAGGGAGGUUAAAAGUAAAGUGGAGGAGCUGAACUUCUUGGUAAAGUAUUUAAUCGAGAAAAUUGAUGCAAUGCCUAGAAUGAGCGACUCGGUCAAUGUGGUUUUAACAUCGGACCAUGGAAUGGCUGAAGUCCUAGAUCAAAAUAUAGUACCACUUUACAACAUUCUUGAUCCCAAAGAUUAUAUCGCCAAUCCAUCGAGGGUUUUCUUUGGUAUUUGGCCAAAGCAAGGUGGCCCUACCGUGACGCAAAUGUAUGACAAGUUGGUCAAAGCAAAUGUCACUGGCCUAUCCGUUUACCUCAAAAAGGAUGUCCCUAACCGCUAUCAUUAUGCCGGCACACCUCGUUGCCCGCCGCUGAUCCUGCUUGCCGAUCCAAAAUAUGCUAUCCUUUAUCAGCCAUCACAGCGCUAUGGCAGGGGUGAACAUGGCUAUGACAAUCAGGACACUCGAAUGCACGCCUUACUGAUAGCAGCCGGGCCGAAUGUGAGGCAGCUGGAUGAUGUGCAGGAGAUUCAACAGAUCGACAUCUACGCACUAAUAUGCGGCAUUCUUGAGCUCCAGAUGCCCAACGAAAUCGACGGAGACCUGCGAAGAGUGGCGAGGCUUAUUAGACCGCCACCUACGCAAGAGUUUAUCAAUCAAUUCAUGUUCUACAGCCAGAAUUCUCUUAGCACUGACGCCUCCUCCAGUAAUGUAAUAGUUAAGAGUACUGCCUUUAUAGCUUUUACACUGUUUAUGAUAGGCUACAUGCAACAAUUUAUGUAA